AUGAACUUGAACUUUACAUUUCAUCCGAUCCAUACUGAAAAAUCAGAAGACGAGAAUGUUAAUGAACAGGGUCUAGGUUUGCAAAGUGACGCUAUAGAAGCGUUUGGUAUACAUGAAAAUUCUAGCUCUCACGGUAGUCAGAAACGGAACGUGAGAAAUUUUGAUACGGAAGAUAGUGUAAAUAGCACCCUCGUAAGUCCUCUGGAGGGCUUAGAUAUGAACCAGAACUUUCCCAUAAGGAAGGCGUCCCUUCGCGGUAUGAGUGUGCCUUUGCAGCAGCAGCAGCCGCAGCAGCAGCCGCAGCAAACGCAUCCCAGUAUUGCACUUGGACAGCAUUUAUUAUUGGAGAACCAGGAUCACAAAGCGUUAGAGGAAAAUAUUCAUGGCGGAGUUGGCCGUAGUUCGCCGGAUCAAGUACCAGAUGCGGUUGCCACGGGAAACCAGGUUAACGGCAAUGCACCUUUUGCUAACGAAUACCCGGUUGCUAUUCGCCGCACUCUGGCCACCGAGUGGAAAAGUCCAUCAGAGUACGCUUUACACAUACUCUUUACGAAAUUUAUACGUCAUGCAGAAACGAAGUUAAACCUAUGUCUCCAACAUCCACUGGAAUAUGAGCCUGUCAUUGUGGAUAUACUGGGGGAAGGGGUAGAUCCGGAGUUUGAUAAGAUUAUUAGCUCACUGGGAUACAUAUCUAGAAAGAACCCUAAACCGGUUAUUAGUGCGGUUAUGUUCUGGAGGAAGACGAAAUCUGAGCUUGUAGCAGCAGCCGCGGAGAAUGUGGAUAGGCUAGUACGAGAGUAUGAACAGAUUCAGUUAGAGAGGUCUACCCCCCCUGUAGGCCAAAAGAACUCGACGUUUACUGCUCUUUCACAAGGUGGUCAAGCGGGUUAUAAGCGUUCUCAUAAAAGGAGCAGCUCAUCAAAGUCAUCCAAAUCAUCGAAAUCCUCAAAUAGCAUGCAGGUAGAUGCUAGGUUAAGGGCCCUUGAGCAGCAGAUUGAAGCAGCGAGGGAAGCAGCAUGUCAGGCAGACAGAAAAUCCUUGAUCAGCAUUUACAUCUUGUGCACGGUGUUAAUCGAAAUAGUUAAACAUGCUCCAGAUGAUGCUGACAAUGAUUUGAGCAAUAAACUGGAAGAAAUAGUUUUCACGCAACUGAAGACGACUGAUCCAAUGUCGAUUUCAUCAAGCAUCAUUAAGUCUUCUAACUGGAACUCCUUUGCAGAGUUGCUAGGAUGUAUGUCAGAAAAGGCUUUUAUUUCCGUAAGCGAUAGAUUCAUUGCGGACCUAGAGCGUAUACCGCCACAUGUUGCUCCUGAAAUGGAACCGUCAAUACAUUUACUCAUUCUCGGGAUGCGAUAUUUAAAGUUGCGUAACUACCCGCUGGAUGCAUUUGAGGAGAGCGCAGACUUUGUAAAGUCUAUUGCUAAGUUCUUCUCCAUCGCUCAAAACUACUCUGUAACACUGGCUUAUGCUGAAGUCCUUACUCAAUUGCUGCUUCCGCUUGCAGGUGUCGUUUCCGCAGAAGUGAACCAUCCAACAUGGGUGGAAGCUAUGUCCAGUAUUCUUGCAACCUGUAAGCAGUUGAAUUACAAUCCUAAACUAUGGGCAAGUUCUUUCAUGCUCACAGUUGCGGCGCUAUGUGUUUCACCACACGAACUUUUUGUAAAAAACUGGAUGACUCUUGUAGAGCGAAACAUCUCGAAGGUAAAAUCGAAGAACUUGAGCGAUCUCAUUAUAUUUGCUACCGGGUUAUCAAGGUUAGUUUGGGUUUACCUAUUCAGAUGCACGGAAACCCUAAACAAUACUGAAAAGACUUUGAAGCAACUAUUUGUAUCUUUUUUGAGUACAAAAAAGAAGGACAAUUGGAUUACAGCGGAUAUGGAUUUAAUCAACCCUUUAUGCGAUGUUAUGGUGACAAUCGGAUAUUUAUAUCCAACACUUAUAUUAGAGACGUUUCUCAUUCCAUUGGUUAAGAUGUCAUUCAAUGGUCAUAAUUUGGACAAUUUAAACUACGAAAAGCUGUUGAUUGCCAUCAAUGCCUACAGGGGGCUGUUGUUAACUAACGAGAGGCCCGAAUUCCCUGAAAAUGAGAGCAGGUUCUAUGAACUCUCGUUGAAUAAGAUAUCGUUCCCAUCAAACCCAGAUGUAAUAGCUGAUCACGAGGAACUCUGGAAGUACUUUUAUAGUUUGUUCUUAUUAUUAGAUUCAGCUAUAGGUUCAGAGGUAUGGUCUCAUGAAAAUGAACAUCAGCGGCAACCUUCAACGCCGUUCUCAAGCAUAUCCUCAUUUUCCUUUAGCUUUAAUAAUGAGAACAGCAAUAAUGGUAACAAAAACAUGAAUACAGCCAUAUUUGCAACACUGAUAGAGACAAUUCCGUGUUGUUUGGCGGUUUCAUCCACUAUUCCGUUUAAGUCAACGAUUGAAAUAUUAACCAGGAAUGCAGUGCAUGGGGAUCUUUUAAUAGCAACAAGUGCAAGCAAUGCCUUGAAUGCUCUGGCGGCAAAGAGAAGUCCAUAUACAUUGAUUACAUGGUAUGCAAAGUACGCUUUUGAUUUUGAUAAAAAGACACAGUCAAGGUAUUCUUUAGCGUACUUGUCUUCUACAGAAUACAAAAAUUUAGUUGUGUUGUAUGUCGAGUUAUUGCAAUCUUGGCUAGAUGGGUUCAAAGCGGAAAAUAAUGAGGAAACACAAAAGGAAACUGGUCUUGACGGUAUUCAGCUGCCAUUCAAAGAUAAUGAUGCAUGCGAGAAACUGGAAUCUGAGAAACUGGUAUGGAAGAAUAUGGUGACUGUUAUUGAAGAUGUAGAAGGUAAUGGUCUAUUUUUCCUAUGCUCGCAUGACCCUGCUGUACGUCGUCUGGGUCUACAGAUUUUGCGAAUCAUUUCUAAAUUUGAUGAAGUAAUGCUAGAUCAAAGUAUGAAAUGCAGUUCUAAAAAAUCUUGCUCUAGAUCUAGGUUUGCGGCAGAGAGAGGAACACGUUUAAUUGACUUGCUACAGACAUUAAACGUCUCUAAGCUUUUAGAAUCCGAAAAAGGAUCACUGAGUGCGGCAGAGAAAAACAGACUCUCAAAACUGACUUCAAAAUUAAAAAACGGCACCUUAAUUAAGAUAUGUGCCUCAGAAUACGGCGUGGACGCCGCUUUAUGGCAAAGAGUAUUUCCCAAGCUCCUGAGUAUAGUUUUUGUUUCUUGCCCUAUUACAAUGGCGCUUUGUAGGUCUAUUGUUUGCAUUAGACUGGUUCAAAUUCAUGAAAUUAUUUUGGCCAUUGCGAACAACUCACCAUCGAAGCCGAAUGAUAUUGUACCUGAAACAGCUAUAGGACAAUGGAAGCUAUUUCUGAUAGUUGCUUGUACUUCGUUAACUUCGACAGCUGACCAGAAGUUGCAUAUACCAACUUGCGACCGAUCACACGGUAGAAAUAAAAGCCAACAAAUAUUCACCGUGCAGCACCAGAAAAUCAAAUCAGCUACCUCAAUUUUCAAAAUGGUUUUGCCUCUGUUGAAUUGUGACCAACCCUUGGUUAGAAAUGCCAUAAUUUCUGGACUAAGUUCUAUGAAUGUGAAUAUAUACAAGGCCUACAUCGAAAGCAUAGAAAAAUAUCUUCUAUCAUGGAAGAUUGAUGACAAUAAAAAUUGUAUGAGGAUAGAAAUGAUUCAUAUACUUGUUAUAUUAUCUCCAUUUUUGAAACAUGAGCUCAUCGCAGAUGAUGUAUGGAUCCUUAGAAUGCUGUCGAUGUUUUUGAAGGAUACGAAGCAGUUUUUAGAACAGGACCAAGUACAACUUUCUUUCACAUAUCAGUCAUUGCGUCGCUAUUUUGCAGGAUUACUAUCCAGUUUCUUCAUGGCGAUAAAAGAUCACCCAUUAAGGAAUACGUUAUUCCCAUUUGAGGCCAGAGCUUCAUGUUUUAAUUACUUACGUGAAUGGUGUGGCCAUGGUCAGUAUGCUGAUAUUUCAAAGGAGAGAUACACUGCAAUGUUUCAACAAGAGGGUAAAAAUAAAAGUAUUUUUGCUGCUGCAAUUGAAUUCCAGCGCUCGAAACUGGAGAUUGUCAGUUUAGAGAGUAUGAUAGUACUUUGCUCGGACACCAUUAGUGAGACUAUAAAUUUGGGGCCCAAGCCAAUUCAGGUUUCAUUUGAUGUCACUGGUCUAUUAUAUUGGAUUGAGUCACUAUUGACAGCGGAUACCGAGAAGGUUAGAAAUCUCGGUGUUAGAGCAUUAAAAUCUCUUUUAGAGCACAACAUGGACAACAAACAGUUGUUUGCUGAUGUUCUUACCGGCUAUGCAAUGCCCACCGAUGAAUCCGAGGUUAAGAAGUACUAUUACAACACUUUAUGUGAAUGUCUAUUGCGCAUGGAAUCUUUGAAUCAACCUGAAGAUGAACUUAUAGCGCUUGGUCUGUUUGGUAUAGUAAGUGGCAGAAAAGAGAUGAGAUCUAAGGCUAUCGAUGUCUUAUCAUUAGUAGAAACAGCAAUCCACAAUUCUUCUUAUGCGAAGGUGUUUAAGGAGCGUUUAGCAAAUGAUUCCAAAACGGUUUAUAAAUCCACAGCGAAGGAGAUUUCGAACGUAUUUGCAGAGCUACCUUCGCCUGAAAUGAGAUUACAGCUGUUCUCUAAGAUUGCGCAGCGGUUCUCUAUGCUAUCUUCAGAGUUAAAACAAGACAUAUUGAUUAUGUUGGUGCCAUGGGUACACAGAUUUACCUUAAAAUCCUUAGAUGAUCCAGAUACCUUCAUGGUGUUAAAUAAUCUGGUUGCAAUAACAAUCAUAGCGAAUGCGCGUUAUCCUAUGGAGAUUGAGCAGUUAUGGAUUUCAUUAGGCAAAGGUAAUGCCUUUCAGAACAUUCAUGCCGCGUUGGACUUUAUAAUGGCUACGUCAAUGGAUUAUUGUAAUGCAGAAUAUGUGCGUUAUGCUGAAGACAUAGUGUUGUAUUUGGCUAGCGUUCCUGGUGGUAUUGGGGUUGUAGAUAAUUUGAUGAAGAAUUUAGAGCCAAAGCACAUGAUUCCAUAUUCGAAACUUUCGUCAAAAUUGCCCAUUGGUGAUGAGAAAUAUAGCUUUGUUGCAGAUGUCCCAAAAAUGCUGAACUUAGUUGGAAAAGAAGUGGUAUUUUCAAAAGCACAACUCUCCAUGAUUUUCUUGGUGAACUUAUUAACGAUACCAAACGAAUCAAUUCUAUUGAAACUUCCUCUAUUGCUUCACAUAUCUUUGACCCUUUUGGACCACUACGUUCCCAUCAUACAAGAAAGUGCUGCAAAGCUUUUAUGCGACCUCAUUUACGGAUUUUCACCAACCCAUGUGAAAUCUUCAGAAACUGUUGAGCUAAUCAAAAAUCGUAAUGAAUUAUGGCAUUACGAUAAUUUUACCAAAGACACCAGUAAUGCGCGCUCACCGAAGAAAAUGCACUUUAUGAUCCGGAAUUUGUUGGACGUUUUUAGUCAUGUAGAGUCUUUGGAGGAAAACUGGCAACGUACAGCUUUGAAAUGGGCUACUUCCUGUGCUGUGAGGCACAUUGCUUGUCGUUCCUUUCAAAUUUUCCGGUCACUAUUAAUUACAUUAGAUCAGGAGAUGCUGCGUGAUAUGUUACACAGGUUGUCGAAUACAUUAGCAGAUGAAAAUCCCGACAUCCAAGGAUUCGCAAUGCAAAUUCUCAUGACGUUAAAUGGAACUAAUGUGGAAUUAGAGGCUUCAAAAUUAAUUGAUUUCCCUCAAUUGUUUUGGUGUGUGGUUGCAUGUUUGAGUAGUAUUCAUGAACAGGAAUACAUUGAGAGCUUGUCCAGUUUAUCUGUUUUUGUAUCAAAAAUUGACCUUGAUUCCCCCGAUACUGUACAAUGUUUGACGGCAAUCUUUCCAUCUAACUGGGAAGGCAAAUUUGAAGGCUUGCAACAGAUCGUUUUGACUGGGUUGCGUUCUGCAAACUCUUGGGAUAUAUCAUUAAAAUUUUUGGAUAGGUUAAACUUGUUAAAGGAUAGCCAGGUCAUUGCAAAUACUGAAUCGCGCUUAUUAUUUGCUUUGCUUGCAAACUUACCAAGAUUUUUGGAGUCCAUGAAUUGUAAGCAAUCAAAUAUUGAUAUUGGAGUAGCAUGCGAAUCUUUGAUAUCUCUAGCCAACGUUCACAACCAACCUUCUUUGUCUCGAUUAAUCGAUUCACUGCAGAAGAGCAAAUUCCGUUCCAAGAAAGAUUUUAUGAGUCAAAUUGUCAGUUUUAUUUCCAGGAACUAUUUCCCGAAGUAUUCUGCUCAAUCUCUGAUAUUUCUAUUAGGUUUGCUAUUCAACCGUAUUGGCUGGAUAAAGGUGCAAACUAUGGAAAUUCUGAAGUACAUUUUCCCAUUAGUUGAUAUGACCAGACCGGAAUUUAUAGGUGUCGGUGCAGAUUUAGUAUCUCCUCUUUUGAAGCUAUUACUUACGGAGUACGAGUCACAAGCCCUAGAAGUUUUGAACGUGGUUCACAAUGUUUCUGGUAGUAAGUUUGACAAAGAAGUUCUACGAAUAUGUAUGGGCAAUAGGGACGCAAAAAGUUCAUAUGCAAAAAACUCAACGCUUUUUGGUAUACCUGAUGAAAAUGGUUGGUCAAUUCCUAUGCCAAAAAUGGCAGCAGCAACAACAAGACAUAACGUUCAUGUAGUAUUCACCACAUGCGCAGUACCUGUUUAUGAUGGAAAGGUGGAUGCUGAAACAGAUAACUUAGACGACAUUGUUGAAUUCCACGCGGAUGGUGGAUAUGUUCCUUCGGGGGACGCAAUGGAUAAUAACUCGGUGAUUGAGGAAAAGGAUGGAACUCUAAGUCAUAUGUGGGCAGAGCUGGAUAACUUGGACAGUUUCUUUACCAAAGAAGCCCAUAUGGCUACGGAGUCAGAUUUAGAGUCUUUUGAAUCCAAGACUGUCAAGCAUACACCAUCAAAUUCGAUGGACACCGUAACUUUGGACAAUAUGAGCGGGUUUGAAUCCACUCACCACUUAUAUGAUAAAAAGGUAUCAAAAAUUUUAAACCACAGUUUGACCAGAAUCCCGUCGAAUAUAUCUUUCAAGGCUAACUUCGCGGAUUCUUUUGAGAAUAACUUAAAUGACGGAUUAUCAAACGCUGCUGGUAGCACAAGGUCAGGCUAUAGGAACACAACAUAUAGCACUCGUCAUGAUAUUAACCCACAGACUAUAAAAUUGCAACCAAAUACGCGUUCUCCUACACACAUGUUGGGUCAUAUGUCUCCAAUCAGAACAAGAGUUCCUGAUUCGCCGCAGGAGAGCCUCUUUCGGUUUGAGGGAUUAUUGAGAAACCCACACAAGAAUAAGAAGAAAUGGUUACAGCAACAGCAGCAGCAACAGCAGCAGCUCCUUGCCCAAACCAUUCAAGAGCAGGUCCCUUACUAG